AUGAAAAACAUUAUCUCAAUCGCCGUCCUUGCUGGCCUGACCACGGCCUAUAGUGGCGACCUAACCUAUUACGCCGCUGGUGUCGGAUCCUGCGGUGUCACGAACACCGACAGUGACGCCAUCGUCGCCCUCUCUCUUCCCAUGAUGGCCAACGGCGGCAACCCAAACACCAAUCCCAAAUGUGGGUCGAAAAUCAGCAUUCACAACCCCACUUCCGGUCAGACAGCCCAGGCUACCGUGGUCGACUCGUGCGCGGGGUGUGCCAUGUAUGAUAUUGACGUCUCGGGGUCCCUGUUUACGACACUGGCGGGAGGACUUUCGGCAGGCAGGGUGUCGGUGGACUGGGAAUUCCAAGGGCAGGUACCCAAGCUCAAAGAGCGACGGAAGAAUCGUCUCUGUUGGGGCAGCUGGAUAUGCUAA